GGAAAUCGUCUAGAUUAGUAUAAUAUCUAAUACUAAUAGAUCUCCAUUAUGAUUAUUGAUUGUUUUUAUUAAGAAUAUUAAGAUGGAUUCUAGAUCAGUAUCUAUUCUACUAAAGAAAUCUAGAUCUCUGACUCAGUGAAGUGAGUGUAAUCCGUGAUAGUCACAGUGACACUGACAGUAAUCUCUAGUAUUAGAUUUAAUUAGAUCUAGAUUAGUAACUAACUGGAGUUUAGAGUCAACUCAACUGACAACUCAAGUUUCAACUGCUUAACCCAGCCAUGGCUACGACACAGCCUGUUGCCUCAGUCAAAGUAGGCACUCGUGUGGAAAUUAUUGGGAAAGGCAUUGUAGGAACAGUGGCCUACAUUGGAAACACAGUAUUUAGUCCAGGCAAAUGGGUAGGAGUUGUAUUGGAUGAGCCUAAAGGUAAAAAUAAUGGAACAGUUCAGGGAAAGACUUACUUUGCCUGCCAGGAAAACUAUGGCGUUUUUGUCCGCCAGUCACAGGUUGCCCCAUUGGAAAAUCAAGAGCCUGUCAAAGAAUCACCUCCUGUUCUAGUCCCAGCCACUCCCAGGCAGAGUGGAUUGAAAGCACCAAGUCGUCCUGUUAGCACACCAGCAGCCACUCCAGCAACUGCCAAAAAGUCUGGCUUGAGACCACCAGGAACCAUGACUAAGAGUACUGAAAGUCUAGGAGAGACACCAGCUCCUGCUGCACCCGUAAAGCAGGAACCAGAUGCUACACCAGCCUCUCGGCUCUCUCGUCUACCCCGUACGAGUAAGGAAUCAACACCAGCUGAUGACAAAACCAGUGCUGCAGCUCCAGAGACCACAGUUACUGCCCCUGUUAGAGUAGAACAUGCUAAAGUAGAAAAAGUAGAAAUGACUGCCUCUUCAGACAAUCUGGCUGCUCCUUCCCCUCAAGCCUCCUUGAUGAACCUGAGUCAGCUGAGUGCAAUGUCCAGCUCCCAAUCCUCCAUCGAUGAACGUUUCAGCAGUGUUCAGCAGCAACAAGAAAUUGAAGGCCUUAAGCUGGAGGUGAAAGAUUUGAAUGAAAAACUGGAGACAUUGAAGAUCAAGAGAGCUGAAGACAAAGUCAAGUUAAAGGAAUUUGAAAAAACAAAAAUUCAGUUGCAACAACUACAAGAGUAUAAAUCUAGAAUGCAAGAAUCUCAUGCUGAUCUUCAGAGACAGCUGCAAGCUUCAAAGAAGGAGCUGUCAGAGCUACAGCAAGAAUAUGAGAGCUAUAAAGAAGAGAUGGCAGAUGUAACUGAGACUGUUGAAAUGGCUACAUUGGACAAAGAAAUGGCAGAAGAAAAGGCUGAGAGCCUGCAAGCUGAACUUGAUUCAAUGAAAGAAAAAGUAGAGGAGCUAACAUUAGACUUAGAACUGAUUAGAAAUGAGAUAUCUUCUAAAGGGUCUGAAGGUGUGGCUGCAACCUUUGAACUGAAGCAAAUGGAACAGCAAAAUGAAAGAAUGAAAGACGCUCUUGUGAAGCUUCGUGACAUGUUGAAUUCUGAGAAACAAGAUCGCCAGAGAAGUGAUAAGAUGGUAGAAAAGCUUGAAUCAGAGUUGGCUGUGUUGAGAAAAGAUAAAGAAAGACUCCAAGCUCAAGUGACUGUGUAUGAGAAAGAGCUAAUAGACUUGAAGGAGCAAGUGGAUGCCGCACUUGGAGCUGAGGAAAUGGUGGAAACACUCACAGAAAGGAAUUUGAAAUUAGAAGAUGAGAUUAAAGAAAUUUUGGAAGAGAAAAAUGACCUGGAAGCACUAAAUGACAUGAAUGAGGAAUUACAAGAAAAUGCUAAAGCCACCGAACUUGAGCUGCGAGAAGAAGUAGACAUGAAGAAUAUAAAACUCCUGGAGAUUCAAAGAAAGUUGGAUGCUACUCAAGAAACAUUUGCUGAUUAUGACAGAACAUUAAACAAAUUCAGAGAACUGGUGGCUCACUUACAAGAACAACUGCGUAGCAAGCAACAAGAAAGUGAGACUAAAGUAGAAACGCCCACUGCUGAACUCAUGGACUUCAAGACCAAAUUUGCUGAGACUAAAGCAUAUGCUAAGACAAUUGAUAUGGAGUUGAGAAGAGUGGACAUUCAUCAAGCUAACUCUCACAUCAAGAUGUUGCUUUCAUUUAUGCCAGAUGCCUUUAUGGGCAGAGGAGGGGAUCAUGAUGCCAUCUGUAUUCUGUUAAUGGUGCCUAGAAUAAUGAAUAAAGCAGAACUGUUGGCAUCUCAGGUCAAAGACAAGUAUGAGAUUGCUGAUAAACUUGAGAGGGAACAUGUGUUAAAGAGCCACAAGGCUGAACAGUUUAGUUUUGCCAACCAUUUGAAUCUUCUGCUCAAUAUUUUGUAUGGCAUCAUGAAGCAGUAUGAAAGUGCUCUGAACUCGUGCAGCACAGAUUUAUUUUUAAAAAUAGGAACCUUGCUUCCUGAGAUGACAGCCCAUGAGAAAUCAGUUGAUUACUUUAUUGAUCUACUAAGGAAAGAUCAGCUUGAUGAAACUGUGUCUGUAGAUCUUUUGGAAAAAUCCAUCAGCUUCUUCCAGCAACUUUAUACUGUUCACUUGUCCCAUGAACGUGUUGACUGUACACAUAUGAUGUCCAGUGAUGUCAGGAUAGUCUUGAGUGCAUGUGAUGCUAUUGCUACUGAGAUAACUCGUUUGAAAAUUCUUCUCCUGCCUGGUGAGGAACAAAGUAAUUUUUCUAUUCUCUUGAAAGAUUUGGAAACAUGUAACAACGACACACGUACAUGUGCUAGGAAGAUAAAGAGACGUUUACCUCAAGAAGGAUCAGCAGCCACCACACCUCUGAAGUUUGGAAAGGAUAUUCAAGACCUAUUAACAGACUGCUGCAAGCAAAUCAGUAAUGUAGCCAAGUUACUGAAGAUAGUGGCUGCAGGUGCGACCCAACAAGUAGCACUUAUGACAGGUGGAAAACUCUGGGAGUUGGAGAAGCUUGUAGAAACUGAUCUAAAGAAAGAUAAAGAAGGUUUGAUCCCUAAGAAAAUGGAAGAACUGGCCCAGCAGGCUGCACAUGACAUCUACAGCAAAGAGAACACUGAUGCUUAUGAGAGUUUAAGGCUAUCAUUUGGUAUAAUUGUUGGCACUAUGAACAAACUGGCCAAUGCUAUGGAAAAUGGAGAAUAUGAUUUUGAUGGGACUCAUGAAAAAAAGAAACCAGCUCCAUUGAAGCAAAGAGCUGAAGCAAUCAAAUCUCAGGCAUCGGACAUUGAAGCAGUCAAGUUAAAAGUGGAUGCUAAAGAAGAAGAAAUUAAAGAACUCAAAAGACAGCUCAGAUUGAAGCAAGAGGAACUUAGUGAACAACAAGUGCGCAUUGGACUGGUGGAGAAAAAACUUGAGAACAAAAACAAAGAAGCAGAAGAGGACCUCAGCAAACUUCAGCGCAAGUUGGACGAGAGCGCACUGGUGUUGAAAAAGAAAGAAAAGGAGUUUGAAGAGACCUAUGAUACACUACAAAGUGAUAUUGAUAGUCUGGAGCAGGAGAAGACAGAAUUAAAAGAACGCCUGAGAGUCCUGUCUAAGAAUACAUUGCUACAGAACAUGUCCAGACAAUCAUCUGUUGCUGUCAGUGGGAGUGUAAGUCCAGUGGGUGGACCUGUCUCACCAGACUCUAACCUGCUAGUACAACAGGUUGCAGCUCUAAGAGAUGCUUUACAUCACAGUAAGCAGGAACUGAUACAUCUCAAAGCUGAACGAAUGAAAAAACAAAUGGCUUCACUAACACCUUUAGAUGUUCCUAAAAAGCCAUGCUCAUUAUCCAGCUCCACUGGUUUGGUUAAGAUAGGAGAUAUACCUGAUACAUCAUCUUGUGAUCUAAACAAGUUAAUUCAGAGAACAAAGGAUUUACUGCAGAAUGCUAACAAAUUGAGUGCUUGUCCAAGACUUAUAGAUAUUUCAUCUAGGAUGCCAGGUUGUGCCCCUGCAACUCAGAACUCUGGACCUAUGAGACAAAUAAUUAGUCAGACAGCCGAGUUGACAGCAUUAGAAAGAAACACACAAGAGCUCCAAGUUCAAAUGACAACAGUAUUAGCAUCCAGCAGGUCAGGAGGUCAAGUCAGGACAGAUUUCUCUACCUUCCCAACGCCACAAUUUGCUAAGAUGCUACAUGAAAAGACCAAUCAUAAUGUGAAACUAGGAACAAUACAAAUCCCAACUACUGGAAAGGCUGACAUUAUCCCACUUCACUUGCAGCCAGACCAAUUCCGUUAUAUUCAUGAAAAAUUGAUCAUGUGAUAAAAUACUUUUCUGAAUUAUUAUUUUUUUAACUUUUCACCUUUCUUUUAAAUUAAAAAAAAAAGAAUUUAUUGUAAUGUUUUGUUUUCUGCCCCUAUAUUGUGUCUACUACAAUUCCAACACAAGGACAACCAUAAACUUCCUAUUAAAUUAUUAAUAACUUACUUUGCAAUUUUUUAUAUGGUUUCCAUAAAUAAUGAAAAAAAAAAAGCCACAAUAACACAAACAUGGUAACAUUUAUUAUGGGGAUUUUAGUUAUACAUAUAUUAAUGCAUUUAACUCAGUCUGUGAAGAAUUUUGUGUAGCCCUUAUUGGUUAUUUCCCAAUAGUAGCAUUACACACUUUGUAUUUCUGUAGUCUUAUAUGCUAAUGGGUAUUUUACUAUUUAGCCCCUUAUUGGUAUGUUUCCCUUUUAUUUCUGUGCUUAGCAUUAUAGUCUGUAUGUUAGUAGCUGAUGGUGUUAAGCAUUGAAGUCUUUGAUUCCUUUGGACUUGUUAUUUAUUGUAUACAUGUGCAAUAACAACCCAACUAGUGGACACAAAUAGAAAUUGGCUUGUACUUAAAACCAGAAAAACAUUUUUUUUAUUUUAAAUUGCUAGUCUGUUGAGAACUAGUUGAUUGGAACUCAGUUUGGUAUCUCAAAAGAUACUAAAUUCACCCUUCAUUCAAUUUAAUAAAUAGUGCUGUUUAAUUCAAGGGAGACUUCUAUGUCUUAAGAAGCACUGAGUAUCAUAACUUCGUACAUGUAAUGUGAUCUCACAUGCCCCAUUUUCUAGGGAAAAAAACGCAGUGUUCUUAGUUUUCGUUGACACAGUUAAUGUCUCCCAAUUCAUUUAACGUCUUGCUUCCUUUCGUCUGUAAGCAGAAUGUUUCUCUGGCUAGCCAAUAAUUGGCAUUACAAUUCAAGAUAUUUUAAGUACUGGGUUACAAAAAUCCUUAUAUGUUUCUGACAUUAUUCUACUAAAGCUUAGUUGUUUAAAAAUGUCAUGUUAAUGUCAAGCUUGUUUCUUGUGUUAUAGCAAUUCAUAAUGUCACUGAAUCCUAUUUUGGGUUUAUGGUUAGGUUGUCUUUUUUUUAGCUAUAUUAUAACAAUAAACUUUGGUUGAAACAUU